GUGCCGCCGCGUGGCUGCCGCCGGCCGGCUGCGGACGGCGAUCUGAUCGAGAUCGGAUACGAGGGGCGGCUUGCGGGCAGCGGCGCCCUCUUCGACGGCAUGGAGCUCGCCAAGAGGCAGGGCGAUGAGACGAUCCAGUUCGUGCUCGGCAGGCAGCCGGCAGGCCAGUUCCCGCCCUCGUGGGACGUCGGCCUCGUCGGCAUGUGCAUCGGCGAGCAGCGCACGCUCGAGGUGCCGCCGACGCUCGGGUAUGGGGCGAAGGGCUUGCCCAAGAGGGGCGUGCCGCCCGACGCAGCCCUCACAUACAGGGUGGAACUCGUCGCCAUCAACGGACUCGCCAUGGACUGA